GCGCUCCACACUCUCCCACGCAGCGACCAACACCCUCCCCCAUUCCAUUCCGUCCGCCCACCACACCACCUACCCAGAGACCAUACCAUCACCAUGAGAGGGCGAGAGACGCCCCCCAAGGCUCGCAGCGGCGCGGCGACCCCGAGCUGCCCGCAGAGCCCGCUCCGCAUCACGCACGACGGCGAGUUCUACGCGCGGCUGCUCACCAGGGAGAGCUCCCUCGCCAACCCCUCCUUCCGCUACUACGGCGCCGGCCCCGCCGCCGUGCCCUUCGGCUGGGAGUCCCAGCCGGGCACGCCCAAGGACGCCACCUCCUGCUGCAGGAAGGCGCUCCCCGCCGUCCCGGCCAUCACCCCGCCGCCGUCCUACCACGCGCGGGCCGCCACCGCGUCGUCGUACGGCGACAGCGGCAGGCUGCAGGGCCGCAGGAGCAAGGGCGCCCCCGCCGGCGACAGGAGCUGCAAGUGCUGCUGCGGCGGCUACAGGAGGCUCAAGUGGGUCAAGAUCGGCUUCAUCGCCGCCGUGUUCCGCCGGAUCGCGCUCGGCAGGUCCCGGGUGUCCUCGUCCGCGGCGUCGGUGCAGUCGUCCUCGUCGUCCACCCGCUGGCUCUUCUCCGGCGGCUCGAGCAGCUGCCUGGACGAAGCCGGCGCCCACCACUACCAGUACUACGAGGCGCCGGCCAUGACGGGGAUGCUCUGCCUCGGGGUCCGGCCGAGCCCGUGGAUGGUGAAGUUCUGCGGCGGCCGGAGGGAACCCGUCUGGGUGCAGGGCGGGCCGUAGGCCGGGCAGGCCUCCUCUCGCCGUCCGGUCGCCGUCAUGCACGUCGUUCCGUUCCACUCCCAGUCCAUGCAGCGGUCGGGCUGGGCCACCAUAAUUAAAGUUGUCUACCAUCUAUACGACUUGAAGUUGAUCGAUCGUUCCAUUGGUUCCUGCCUCGAUCCGGUGUCUGUUCCUGCGUCUGAUAGCUCUAGUGAUCCAGCAUAAGUGCAUGGUUCGUUUUGGUCGUUUAGCGUUGGCGUGUUGCUGUGGCCGCUGCCGGCCGGGCACACGACACGGGCAUGUCGCCAUUUUACCUUUGGAACGUUUUGUUGCUGUUGUCUAGUGGGCGUGGCUGUGGACUGUGGAGAAAUGGAAUGCUUGUUGUCGAUCGCGACUAGAUCCGACAGUUUCACGUGUCUCGAGACUCGGAGCCUCACCG